CUCAGUGUUGAUUGGAAAAUUAAACCAUUCAGCAGCAGAGUAUCAAUAGGAAUACUUCACAGACAAACUGCCUGGAAAAGAGAAAAAUGGACAGGAAUUAUUGUCAGCUUUGUGCAGAAUGGGCACACCAACGGAUUGCUCUUGUGGGAAAAACUGGAGUUGGGAAAAGUGCCUCUGGAAACACAAUCUUAGGACUGAAAACUUUUAAACAUAACAAUUAUGCAACCACAGCAUGUCAGAUGCACACUGCUCAGGUUCAUGGUCAAACCGUGACUGUAGUUGAUACUCCAGGUCUGUUUCAUGGCAGUAAAAAUGAAGAAGAAGUGAAGAAGGAGAUCACUAAGUGCAUCUCCGUUGUUGAUCCUGGUCCUCAUGUGUUCUUGGUUGUCAUCCGGGCUGGCAGAUUCACAGAAGAAGAUAAUGAAACAGUGAGAAUCCUUCAGGAAAUGUUUGGAAAGGAGUUAAAAUAUUACAUAAUGGUGUUGUUCACCCAUGGGGAUGAUCUGGAGGCAGUUGAAGAGUCUAUAGAAGAAUUUAUCCACAGUAAUAAAGCACUCGGUAACUUCCUCAGUUACUGUGAUGGAAGGUAUCAUGUUUUUAACAACAAAGAAAAUGACCCCUCUCAGGUCAGAGAUCUGCUGAAGAAGACCAACACAAUAGUUCAGGGAAAUAGAGGAAGCUUUUACACCUAUGAAAUGUUCAGAAAGGCUCAGAGAGCUAGAAGAGAGGAGAUUAUUCAGUACAUUCUACUUAUUAUUGGACCUGCCAUUGGAGCUGCCAUUGGAGCUGCUAUUGGAGCUGAUAUUGGACCUCACUGGGGUCCAGUGGGAGCUGCAGUAGGAGCUACAGCUGGUGUUAUAAUGGCACUGCAAGCAAAAAAGAAGGGAUGCAUUAUACAGUGAUAUCCAACGAAUCCCUGUUAUGAACAGAUUGUUUGUAGAGUCACAGAUAAGGUUGAUCUUAAUUUUCCUGUCAUUAUUGAUCAUUGAUUAUGGGAAUAAUAGCACCAGUGGCAGCGAAAUUCUGUAUAGUCAGGUCCUGGCUCUAUUAUUAUUAUUUUUGGUUGUAUAACAAACUGCUUUAAAAUGGAUGUUGCUGUAAAUAUUGAACUAUUUUUUAAUUUUACUGAUUCAAGAGUACUUGAAGUCGCCAUCCUCAGUCCAGAGCUAGCUAACGAGUGAAUGCCUGUUCUUCAUAUUUAAGACAAGAGUGCCUGAUUGAUUGAUUGAUUGUACUUUACUCAUUCCGAGGGAAAUUGGGUUAAGGCUGCCAGCCGUGCCAGCGCCGUCUUACCCAUCCGACCAUACAUACAUUACAAACAUCACACUUAAAAAAAAAUACAAUAAAAUAAAAACAUCACAUGGGGAAGACAGGUCAGAGGGGUAUAACAUGGAA